AUGAGGCCAGCUGUGCUGCUGCAGAGGCCGCCAGAGAGGGAAUCCCUCAAAGUCGCCGCUGGAGUGGGCCGGAGUGAGCGAGGGGCGGGGGACAGACAAGGAGGAGGGAGGGAGCGCGUAUUCUGUGAGCGCCUGGCUAGGACUCGGUGUCGAGUACGGCACCGACAGCUGCUGGCAGAGCAAAUCAGCUCACUGCAGAGGAAAGGACUGCACGGCGGUCCACGGCUGCGAGUGCUGAAAGCAAUCCGAUUGAAGUGUGCGCUGCUCAGGACACAUGGACCGUGGUCUGUGGUGUUACCUUUGGAUGGCGCGGCUGUAGGUGGGCCUGGUUGCUCAUGGCUCAGUAUCCCUGGGCUGGCCCGCGCGCCCGCUGCGGACUCCAGACUUGACGGCUUCUGCCCGCGGGAAGGAAGAUGCAUUCUACUGUUGGGCGCCUCGCUGCCUGCACCUCUGGCUCGCGAUGUCCUCAACCUGGGAAAGACGUCGGCGCUUUGCACCCGAGUUGGGCUCCUUGGCACAUUCGAGCAGCUGCUCUGGAGAAACAGCAGGAUCUACGGAAGUUUGUACCCACCGCCUUGCCUGCAGCCUCGGGAGUCUCAACCCAAGCCAGCCCGGCCUUGUGGCCCAGAGCAGCAAAGCCACAGCAGGCAACGCGAGCUAACGCGGGUCGCGCGGAGGUCGGGAGCCCAGGCGGCGGAGGCGGCGGCGGCGCAGUUAUUCCCGGGUGACUCUGGGGACUCGUGCAGAUGGGGGACGCCUCCGGCCACGCACUUGGAGCCAGCUGCAGCUCCCGGGAGCCUGGCACUGAUGGAUCGUCUCAUUUCCCAACUUGAUGGGCCGGAACCUGGGAUGGCUGUGCCUGCAGGGAGAGGCAAGACGAAGAAAGUCGUGCAUCCCCUGGGAGGCAGAGGCUGCUUGUCCCUGUCCUGACACCCCACCCCAUGGCUCAGGCUGGAGUCAGAGGGAAUGAGAAGAGUGGGAAGCCAGAGGCUGAGCUUGGCUUCCCAGAAUCUUCCUCCAUCUCAAGAAGUGGAACUCCAACUCCGCUCCAAGGCCUUCCUCCUUAGCUGGGUCUUGGAGAUCACUGAACGGAUCUCAAACCUGGGAUCUUAAAGAAUCCCAAAUCUGGGUGCACCUCAGCAGAAUACCUUCUCCCAGACCAGACUGUCAGGAAAGCCGCAGCUCUCUAGCUGGCCAGGAAACACCACAUGGUUCGGGACAUCUGACAAAGUGCUGUCCAAAAUCCAAAGUGUAGUUCUGAGACCAGUAGCAUCACUGUCCCUUGGAGACUGCAGGAUUGCAGGCCUCAUCCAGCCCUACUGCCUCGGAACGUGCAUCUGAGAGAUAUCCAAGGACUGUGUACAGUCUGGUUGGAGAAGCCCUUGCCCAAUUUACAGAACCUGAGUUUAGCCAUUGACAACCUGUUCAGCCCUGUUCCUCCCAGCCUCCUCUUCAUCACCUGUCAAGUGGGAGCUGUUUUGGACGUCCUGGGGGGCUCUUAUGCACUCCUGAGUGCAUUCAGACCAAUGGAAUCAGAAUCUCUGGUUUGCUGGAGCCUAGGCAGGAGUGUGUGUUUUGGGUGUCUCCAGGUGAUUUUAAUGGUAGCCAGGAAUGACUAGUGUAGAAAUACCCACUUUACAGAUUAGUUAGAUUAGCUAAGAUAAGGCCUGGGCAAGACAAUAUGUGCAGUGUUAAGCCCACUGCUCUCUGUAGCCUGAUUCAUUCUGUAGCCUGACAUUCUGCAGCCUGAGUCAUUCUGACUCCAGCAAGUAUGGCCUUGAACCAUACUUAAUUAGCCAAGUAUGGCUAAUCAGCUUCACUGUGCCUCGGUUUCCUUACCCACAAAAGGAAGUUGAUAAUAGUGCCCACCACAAAGGGUGUUUGUGAGGAUUUAGAAUCAAAUGUUUAAAAUCAAAUUCAAUAAAUAUUAGUUUAUGAGGUCAAAUCUCCCAAUCUCUCAUUUUCAACUAAAUGGUAGAAGGGCUUGAUUACUUAUUUAUCUCACCCUACGACCCAAACCCCUCGCCAAGACAAGCAGCCCUCUUCCAGAGCACAACAGCUUGCUUUGCUUCAAUAUUCUUGUCUAGUUUUGAACAUUUUUGGCACAAAAUCCAGUAUUUUAAAUUGCUUUGCAAUUCAGUAAAUCUGAUCCUCUUGCAAAGGUUAAUUUUGCCAAGUCCAGUAAUCCCAUUCCAGGUCCAUCAGUUUCAGAAGCACUAGUAUGAAGGGUGUGCUCAGCUCUGAUCCCACCCAGAGAUGCUGAUUCUGUAGGUUUGAGGUGUGGUGGUGUAUUUGUAUAUCUAACAAGUUCCUAAGUAGUACUGAUGCUUCAAGUCAGAGGGGACGACACCUUGAGAACCAGAGUGUGAAAUGAAUGGUUGACUCAGAGCAUCUCAGGAAUCUCAAUGGCAACACUGUCCCUUAGAAAUGCAAUGUGAAACACACACAUAAUUUAACAUAAUUUAAAAUAUCCUGUAGGUACAUUUUAAAAAGUAAAAAAAGAAACAGGUAAAAUUAAUUUUAAUAAUGUAUUUUAAUUAACCAAAUAUAUCCAAAAUAUUUUUCUCAACAUCUAAUCAAGAACAAAUAUGCAGUGAGGGUUAACUGAAAAAUCACAAGAUCUAUACAUUUAGAAAAGGAGACUUUAUUUCUUGUAAAAGUUUACAGCCUGCCAAGUGGCCAUCCUACCAGCUGGGAAGUGUAGCUUCCAGCAAAGACCAGAAAUAGGCACUUUGAGGGAGAGAGGAAUUAGACAGAAAUUUUAGUUGAACAGGUUGGCCAAACAUACAUAGUCAACAGGUUAUACGAAGAGCUUCAAAUACUCAUGAAGGUGGUCCUGAGGCAUGUGUACUGAACAAACAUGCAGGUAACAUAUAACCAUGUGUGCUUUGGGGUGGAGAAUUAACAUUUACAUGUAUUACAAUUAGGCCCUACACCUCCUUUUUAGGACACAAAGGCAACCAAGUGCACAGCCAUGAAUAAACCGGCC